AAUCACCAUGCCCUUUGUACAAAUCUUCACCUUCUUUAGCCCCUCCGUGAACAAUAUAUAGGACCAUAUUCUUCCUAUACCGACUUCCACCACAACACAAUCUCUCUCUCUCUCUCUUCUCUCACUCUAAGCAUUAGCCUGUGAAUUGUAUCUCAAGAAAAUUAGAACUCUAGCUCAAGGCAAUCAAGCAAAUAUUUGGUCCAUUGGCUUGAAGAUUUAUUGUGUGGAGAAAUGGAAAGCUCAUACGCGGAUGGCUUCAAUGAUCUUAAGGCGACAGAACUCAGAUUAGGCUUGCCAGGGACACAUGACACUGAGGCUGAGAAACAAGUCGUUUCUGGUCUUAGAAACAACAAGCGAGCUUUGCCUGAUACAUGGGAAGAUGAAGGAUCAGAAUGCGACUCCGAUGCCAAAAACGUGCCCGCUUCCAAAGCACAAGUGGUGGGGUGGCCGCCAAUCAGAUCCUACAGGAAGAACAGUUUCUUGCAGAAGAAGGGCCAAGAGGGAUAUCAGAUCAAUAAUAAUGGUGGUGGAAUGUACGUGAAAAUCAGCAUGGAUGGAGCUCCUUAUCUCAGGAAGAUUGAUCUCAAUGUUUACAAGGGCUACCCAGAGCUCCUCGAGGCUCUCGAGAACAUGUUCAAACUCACCAUUGGUGACUACUCUGAGAGGGAAGGCUACAAAGGCUCUGAAUAUGCACCCACUUAUGAAGACAAAGAUGGUGAUUGGAUGCUUGUUGGAGAUGUUCCUUGGGAAAUGUUCAUAUCAUCUUGCAAGAGACUCAGAAUCAUGAAAGGUUCAGAAGCCAAGGGAUUGGGCUGUGGGAUAUGAUCGAGACGAAACCAAGGAAAGAAAUUGGGAGCACAGAAGAUGAAUGAAUCUGAUGUUGUGGGAAGAAGAAAUUAAAUCCUCGAGCUGGCAAGAAUGGUUUCUCGGAGAAGUUUGAAUGUUUUUGGAAUAUUAUACGCUCUUUGUGUCGGCCUCAGUUUUCUCUGUGGAGUUGGAGUGGGGAGUGCAAAUAGCUAGAAAACAGACCGUGUGUGAACUAAUUACACACCUCUAGCUAGUUCAAAGAGUUUGUAGCUGUGCAGAUCAUCGAUCGAUCCAUCUAUGGUGGUGGUUCUGUGAUGUUCUUGUCUUGUUUGUGAUAAUUACAUUCCAGCAAAAGUACUUCAUAUAUACACAGAAACAUAUAUAUAUUAGCUCCAAAAGCAGCUGUACAAAGACAUAUAUAUAUAUUAUAUAUAAACAGGGUUCCCCAAGUUUUGUUCAUGUAUUUUGCAUUAAUUACGAAAUACAUGAUUAAUUAGCAUCAAAA